CACCGUCCCAAAGUCCACUCGCCACCAAAACCAAACGCCGCACGAACGGUUUGAAAUUCCCAUCUUCAUCAAUUCAAUAUCUUAUCCGAACCUUUGCCUUUUGUUCCGGCAUCUUGCCGGCAAGCCUUCCUUGGGGCCAUGGAUGACGACUUCCCCUUGAGUGAUGCGGCCUACGACGACAUUUUUGCAGACCUGGACCUGGACGCUCUUCCACCACCGCUGUCCAGCGUAGCGCACCCGAACCCUGGUGUUGUUCCUCAGUCGCUCCCUUCCUUGGCGCCUUUGCUGCAGCAAUAUCCGGCCCCGAAUCCGAACUCCAACUCGGACAAUUCUCAGAUUCACGGCCAGCUACAACACCCACACAACAUUCCUGGGCAAACCACAAACAUACUGCACUCACUCUCAAUUCAACCCCAAGCUCCUUCUCCAGCAAACGCUUACAUAACCCCGCGAACCUCAUUACCCUGUCCGCACCCGCAAGCCCGGGCCGAACCCGGCCGUCACCUCGACAACCGCCAAUCUCAAGCCGCUUAUUUGCCCCCGGCUUCUCGCGCCCUACCACCACCUCGACCGCUGCCACCGGCGCUCUCUUUUCUGCUUUCUGGAUCUUCUUCUACCCCAGACAGUAGAGGAACCAGCUUUUACAACAACCCCGACCCCGCUUUCAACACCAACCUCGCCACAGGCUCGCGCGCACCUGGUCUAUUUGUCACCACCCAUCGCAGCGAUCGAGAACCAAAUAGUGACGACUUUCUCAACGAGCUUGCCAGUCGAGACUUUUCCAGCCCUUCGCUUCCACCCCAGACCCCGAGACAUCUUGGCGAUCUUCUCUCUCCUUCACGCAACAAUUACAACAACACCAUGCCUUCGAGGAGGGAUGAAUCCGCCGCAGAGGGCUCUCGGCGACGAAGCCGAGGCACCUCUCACAAUAUUGUCAGCUUGCCCACACUGCCACCUCAGUCGUCCGGGGCUCCUAAACGGAAAAGAGAAGAAGGGCUAGAAAUCAGGACACACAAGCGAAAAGCGCACGUGCUGCUAUCCAGUGACGACGAAAAAGAUCCGUUCGGGGACGACAAUUUCAUGGAUGUGGUCGACUUGGCGGAUACGGAAGAGGUGCCCGAGAGUAUGCGAGCGAAGCCCAGGCCCAAGAACGAGAUCAAGCUGAGCGCCUUCCAAUGUGUCAUUUGCAUGGAUAAUGUUACGGGCUUGACGGUUACGCAUUGCGGUCAUCUCUUUUGCUCCGAAUGUCUCCAUUCCGCCCUAACCAUUGAUCCAACCAAACGAACAUGUCCGGUGUGUCGUCAAAAGAUUGAUAAAGCCCCGAUAGGCGGCAAGUGGACAACAAAGGCUAAAGGCUACUACCCACUUGAAUUGAAGUUGGUUACCAAGAAGAGCUUGGGAAAGAGGGCCGCUCAAUGACAGCCCUGUUAGCGGAUAUCACGAAAAACCACCCCCACCACUUUGUCAGCCGAAGACAGCGACAGACAAAGCGGUUGUUGAUAUGCGAGUAUUUGUCCGGACAUUUAAGGACUGGAGGGCUGUGGAUGGCUGCAUCGUGACUUGCAUGGCAUAAUAUCGGAAGGGCGAAAGCAAAAAAAAGUACAGGGAUGCAGCCGAGACCCGUGGUAUUUUCAUAUGCCUGAAUA